GACCUCACCUUCCAACAUGGCGGCGGCGGUAGAUUAGGGCCGCGGGUCGAAGCAGCCACCGCCGCUGGGGGACCCUGUCGGAAACGACUGCCGCCGCCGCCGCCCCUUCCAUCUCUUCUGGGGCAAGGGGCCAGGGCCAGGUGAGGGGAGUGGGGUUUUGGGCAAGGCAGAGUUGGGUCCUUAUCCAGCUCCUCAGGCGGUUUUCACUGGGCAGGAAGGUAUCCAGAGACUGUGCCGAACCACUGGCUCCCCAGUGGUUCCGACGACGCGUGAGUUUUACACAUCCAUAAGUAGACCUUUUUGGAGCUCUGCCAGCAAACUCAAUGGCGUCCUCUACUACUGUGCCUCUAGGAUUUCACUAUGAAACAAAGUAUGUUGUUCUCAGCUACUUGGGACUCCUCUCUCAGGAGAAGCUGCAAGAGCAACAUCUUUCCUCACCCCAAGCUUCACAAUCUCUGGAUCAAGAAGUUUUAUUAAAAAUUAAAACUGAAAUUGAAGAAGAGCUAGAAUCCCUGGACAAGGAAAUUUCUGAAGCCUUUACCAGCACAGGCUUUGACCGUCAUACUUCUCCCGUGUUCAGCCCUGCUAACCCAGAAAGCUCAGUGGAAGACUGCUUGGCUCAUCUUGGAGAAAAAGUAUCGCAGGAACUGAAAGAGCCUCUACAAAAGGCAUUGCAGAUACUCCUCAGCCAGCCAGUGACAUAUCAGGCAUAUCGGGAAUGUACACUGGAGACCACAGUUCAUGCCAGCGGCUGGAAUAAGAUUUUGGUGCCUCUGAUUUUGCUACAACAAAUGCUUUUGGAGUUGACAAGACGUGGUCAAGAGCCUCUGAGUGCAUUGCUGCAGUUUGGUGUGACAUACCUGGAGGACUAUGCUGCAGAGCACAUCAUUCAACAAGGUGGCUGGGGCACUGUCUUUAACCUUGAAUCAGAGGAGGAGGAAUACCCUGGAAUUGUUGCAGAAGAUAGCAAUGACAUUUAUAUCCUGCCCAGUGACAACUCUGGACAAGUCAGUCCUCCAGAGUCUCCUACUGUGACCACUUCUUGGCAGUCAGAGAGCUUACCUGUUUCACUCUCAGCCAGUCAGAGUUGGCACACAGAAAGCCUACCAGUGUCCCUAGGUCCUGAGUCCUGGCAACAGAUUGCAAUGGAUCCUGAAGAAGUCAAAAGCUUAGAUAGCAAUGGGGCUGGAGAGAAGAGCGAGAACAAUUCUUCUAAUUCUGACAUUGUGCAUGUGGAAAAAGAAGAAAUACCUGAAGGUGUGGAAGAGGCUGCUGUGGCGUCUGUAGUCUUGCCAACCAAGGAGGUGCAGGAGGCAUUCCCUGAAGCACCUGCUCCCUUGCUUCCGCAUAUCACUGCUACUUCCGUGCUGGAGGUGAGGGAACCUGACACAGAGGCGAUUGCAGUUGAGAAAGUCAGCCCUGCUACAUCGUUGUUUGUGGAACUUGAUGAAGAAGAGAACUUGAUGAAGACAAAAGCAGCAGCAGUUGAAUCUGUUGAACUAGAAGAGGAAGUGAUCCCUGCACUGGAACCCACGGAAACACUGCUGAGUGAAAAGGAGAUGCAUGUAAAGAGAGAGAGUCUUCAAGAAGGGCCCUCCCCUGCUGCAGAAGAGAAGGCCUUCCCCCUGUCUGAGGGCAAGUCUAUACUGCUGUUUGGAGGGGCCGCCGCUGUUGCCAUCCUGGCAGUGGCAGUUGGGGUAGCACUGGCUCUGAGAAAGAAAUAGCAGAUCUUUCAGAAGAGAAAGAAGCAAAAAAUAUGUAAAGUCUUAGCUGUACUGACUGAAUUGGAUCCACCAACAACUGAUUGGACAUUUGUGGAACACUCUGGGAUAAUGGGGGACUUCUGCUCAACAAGGCAUAAAUUGAUCCACAUAGUAGGGCUUGAGGUAGAGGGCAUUCAUGUUUGUCUGUUAAGUUCCAAGGACCGUGGCUCAUGCUCAAUUCAGAAUCUCUUGAGUAAAGUACUCCCUCUAGAACAGGGUUUCUCAACCUUGCCAUCAAUGACAUCAUGAUUAAUCCUAUGUUGUAGGGGGCUGUCCUGUGCACUGUAGGAUGUUUAGCAACAUCUGUGGCCUCUACCCACUGAAUACCAGUAGCACCGUUCCCCCAGUUGUGACAACCAAAAAUGUCUCCCAACAUUGCCAAAUGUCCCCUGGGGGCAAAAUUGUUCCCAUUGAGAGCCACAGCUUUAGAGGGAGAGAGUUAAUUUAAGAGAAUCUGCGAUAGAAAUUCCUAGGCCAACAGGGCUUAGCUGUGGGCUCCUCAGCUACUGAUUUGUUCCUGCCCUUGGAAAUUCAUCUUUCCUGACCAACAUGCUGUGUUUUGCAGCCAUUCCUUUGUGGAUCUUCUUUUUUCCCCCACCUUCUUAGUCCUGUAGCGUGAGGGUGCUCUCCCCUUAUGUCUCUGCUGCCUCUCAGGUACUGCACCGUUCCUCUUCACCCCCACAUUCUUUGUUAAGAUCCCACAGGAGAGCACUUGCUCUGUGCCCACUAAGUCCCUGAUGCUUCCUACGGCUCCACCUUGUAAAGAUGUUACCUUUAGUAAUCUUUAAAAAAAAUAAAUAUAACAGAGACCUAGGGCUCCCUGCCUGUGAAUGCAAAGGCAAGUAACUGGCUAAAGAGGGACAUUUGUCUCAUUUAGAAGCAGAAGGAUGACUUAGAUGGCCUGUCGAAGUCUCUUCUGGCCCUUUUGUGUAUGGCCACCCUGUGGAGCUUAUGGUUACUCGGUAGCAGCAUCUCUGUUGCUGGAUGGUCACUGUCUAGAACCUGCAUUAGUGUGUUUUCCCUUUAUCUGGCCUAGUCUUCUUACUGGUCAGCCAGCUUCUCUGUGGUCUUUUGCCAUGUGAUAAGGAUGUUAAUACUUGGGCUUACAGACCAACUGAAUCAUAACUUAUUAAAUACAGAAGGUCUCCUAAAUACCAUUGAAAUAAAAAGUAGUAAAAGAGAAGCUUGACUUUCUUGAGGCUACCCUCGAGAUUUUAGUUUGGCUUUCAGAGUUCUUCUUCCCUGAACUCUUUACAGUCCAAAUGCCAGAGUGAUAAACAAAAUGAUUCUAAUCAGUAUGUGCUAGUUGAGAAUCAGUGUAAUUUUCUUUCAUCUGGCUGAUUCCAUCCCUAAAGCAGGGGGGGGUGGAACCAUGUCUUUUCAUGCCUGAGGAUCACAGUGUCACUAUGCAGGACACACAUGCUUGAUACAGGUCAUCUCAGAUUUAUCUUAGUAAAUGUAACAAAUUACUUUUUAGAUCCUGAAAUUUGUAAUAAAAUUACUUUACUAUCCUGAUCACCAAAACUUGAUGUUUUAAAUGUGCUUUCUUUUUUAAAUUUAUUUUUUAAAAUUAAAUCUUCUCCCUAAAGCAAUACUAUUUAAAAGCUGGUCAAGGAAAGGUCUGAAGUGUGUUUGUCUAUUCAGCUUUAUCAUGCACUGUAUCUGUAUGUUCUGAGUUGUAGCGUCUUAGGGAGUGAUAUUUUUAAGGGUUUUGGUGCACCUUGAUUAGUGUAGCUAGAGAAGAGGUGGGAGGAUGGGAAUUAAUGUAGUAAAGAUGGUUUUCACUCCUUGGACUCUGACAGUUGGCUCCGACAUUGGGGUUUCUCUGUAUUCUAGUUCCUACUUUUGUGCUUGCAUAGGAUAAGAGCACACUGGUGAGUUAUCUUGAUUUUUUUUUUCUCUUUUAUAAUAAAAUAUUUUCCUUCCA